UUUUGUCAAAAAUCGUAUCUUCCAUGAAUAGGCAUACGUACAUCAGAUUAGAUUUUGAUCAUGAAAAUUGAGUAUUAGUCGUAUAUUGAAUUUUAUUCCCGGGAAGUUAAUAAAAUAUUGAGAGCAAUGUUGGUGCAAAGCUUCAAACACGAUCAACUGCAAAACAGCUACAAUUCUAAAAUAGAUGAAUGCUAUCAGUGUUCCGAAUUCUCUACCGCCAUAACUUCAGUGAUUAAUAAUCAAAAUGGUAUUAAUAAUAAUCAAAGCUAUAAACUAUUUAGCAACGAUAAAAGUGAUUUGUUGGAAAAGAUAAAAAUAGAACCUAUGAAUCUUAAGUACUCAACAUUUCAACAAGAAUCAGUGAUGCAAAAACAACAGCAAGAGAAACAACAAAUAUCCCAAAAUGAACAAUCAUAUUUUAAUUUCACGACGAUAAUGGAUUGUAAUGAAGCAGUCGUAAAAAAGCAGAUAAAGGCCAAACGUACCAGAACGGCGUACAGUAGUACGCAAUUGAUCGAGUUGGAGAAGGAGUUCAGCACAGGGCGUUAUCUUUGUAGAGCGCGACGUAUUCAAAUAGCGAAGAAUUUGAAUUUGUCUGAAAAACAAAUUAAAGUAUGGUUUCAAAAUCGUAGAAUGAAGGAUAAGAAAGAUAAACCCGAGUCUAACAAGACGAUCGAAUCCAUCGACACUUCGAAAAAUGCGCCGUCCAGUAGCGCGACAAUGCACCCUUCGUCGGAGACGAUCUUCAAAACAGUUACCAACGAUUCGAAGUCGUCGAUCUGGUUGGUCCCCAAGAUCGCGGAAACUGCCGGUCCUUCGUACGGAUAUCCGAGCGACGUGUCGUCGAACGACAGUCAGACCAUACAAAGUUAUGGAAUUGUCGAUGAGUACAAAAAACCACAGAAUUAUUUUAGCACGUCGAUCGAAUCGGCGCAGCAAACGCAAAUGCAAUCCUCUAGCAAUGUUUUGCAAAAUGAUAUAUUUUAUCCCUCUCAAGAGAAAACGUACGCAUAUUCGCAGCAAAGCAACUAUUGCGCUACUCAAUCACAGACGAACAACAAUUACUUUCAGUGGAACUAUUCUCAGGGCGGUAUCGACUUACAAGAUGCGAAUUCUUAUGCGCAGAAGCUGAACAGCUGUGCACGUAACGACAACGCAAAUUGUGCAUUGAAUGCGUCGAUACCUUUUCAAGAGAAUAUCUACGAUGAUCUUUAUAAUCCUGGGAAUUACAUGCAGUUGUAA